GUCAUUUGCCCUGAACAAACUCGUUAAGUUUAUAUAUAGACUUAUCUCAACAAAUAUGUAUGAGAAAAUCUACUACAAAUAUUUAUUUAAAAUUAAAUUUAAAUAUUUCCCGAACUGGUGAAAUUACCACUUUCAAGAUGCCUUUCAACGUUGCUUUGUACCAAGCUGCUUUUGCAGUGAACCUCCUAUCAAUCAACACGGCAAGUGUAUUUUCAUGGGCAUCACCAUCGAUACCACUCCUAUCAAGCAACGACAAAAACAUAAAUCCUUUGGGAAGACCUGUAACGACCUUUGAAGAAUCUUGUAUAGCCUCGUUAGGCUCAGCUGGAUCUGUCAUUGGGACUUUACUAUCAGGAUAUGUCGCCGAGAAGCUUGGUCGAAAGAAAACAUUGUUUGUUUUUAGUAUUCCAACUGUAAUUUUGUUAAUAUUAACAGCUAACGCUACAAAUAUUUACUUGCUAUAUUUGGCGAGGUUAAUAUUAGGCAGUAGUGCAGGUUGCGUCCUCAAUGUUUUACCAAGUUUUAUAGGGGAAAUUAGUGAAGAUUCUAAUAGAGGUACACUAGGAGGUAUUUUUGGUAUUAUGAGUGGUAUAGGACAUUUGCUCUGUUUCGGAAUAGGUCCUUUAGUAAGCAUAAGAACAUUCGCUUACAUUCUAUUAGCACCAGUUUCUAUUUUCAUUUGUUCUUAUUUCUUUCUUAUUCCCGAAAGUCCGCGAUAUUUAGUUAGUAAAGACGAUCAUGAAGAAGCUAGAAAGAAUUUAAAGAGAAUACGUAAGUCUUCUAAUAUAGAGAAAGAAUUACAAUAUUUAAUCUUAGUAGAACAAAAUACUAAAAACGGAGAUAAAGUUUCUUUGAAGGAGCUCUUCAAUUCUCCUGUUGUUAUAAGAGGUUUAUUCAUUUCCUGUUCUAUGUUUUUGAUUCAACAAAUAACAGGUGUUGGUUUUAUUUUAGCUUUUUUGCAACAAAUUCUUGAGGCUAGCGGAGGAGUUAUUCCACCAGCUGUAGCGUGCGUCAUCAUCGGUUUCGUCCAAAUAAUAUUCAGUCUGUUUUCAACCGUUUUAGUAGAUCGCGUUGGUAGAAAAAUUCUCCUACACAUUUCUUCGACAGGUCUGUCUUUAUCCAUGCUGUCGAUUGGUAUAUUUUUCGUAUUGAAAGAUUAUAACUGUAACGUUGAUAGUAUAUUUUGGUUACCUCUCGCAGGUCUAAUCGGUUUUUACAUAUUUCUCAACGUAGGUUACGGUUUUAUACCUUGGACGUUAUGUGGAGAAUUAUUUACAACUAAUACCAAAUCCCUUUGUGUCACUAUAUCAACGUCCUUUUGUUUAUUAUUAAAUUCAUUCGUGAACGCAUCUUUUCCUUUACUCCGAGAUACUCUUGGAAUGGGCGGAGUAUUUAUAAUGUUUGGUACUUUAACCGGUUUGUCGUGUAUCUUUGUCGCUUUAGUUGUUCCGGAAACGAAAGGAAAAAGCUUUGAAGAAAUACAAAACGCUCUACGACCUAAACCGAAGAGCAUUGUUUUGGUGGAUUAUAUAUUUGAUGAGAAAAUUCCACGAUGAAAGACUGACCCUGAAAAAUGUCAACUAGUUUAGGAUAACACAAGUUAACAAGAUUUUUUAUAUCCAGUUUCGAUUAAGUAUGAUUAAUAUAAGGAAAGAUACUUUGGACUGAUGAAUUUUGUGAUUUUGAUGCUAGCUAAACAAAAAUUCACGUAAAUCUCAAUUUUUUUCAGUUUCGGUUGUAAAUUGAAAGAGAAGAAUGAAUUUUAUUUUAUAUAUGUUUAAAAAAAAACAGGAAGCGUUAAAAAUAUAAAUAUUUUUAGUGUUUAUUUGCUCAAAUGAAUGAUUCCUCUCAAAAAAAAUCACCCAUAACAUUGCCAUGAUAUUGUUCUGAAAAAAACUGUUCAAAAUUCUCUUCUUUCCCUUCUUUCUAUCUCAGUUUUGAACUGAUUGUACUUUCGUGGUCACUCUACAAGCCCUACCUUCAAAGGUACUAAGCAUUUUACAAAUAAUUGCUUAGAAAUUUCUAGCUCAACCUGGAACAGUUCAUUUAUGUUAUUAGGUCAAAAUAAACUAUUCAAUUAACAGAAAUUUCCUUCUUCUUCUGAGCGAGCCGUACCAAGUCUCCUUGACGUUGGCGAUCAGCAUGGCAAAAUUCCUUCUAUCUUGAGCUAGUCUAAAUAACUGCCCGGCUUCUCUUAACCCAGUCCAUUCUUUAUAUUCUUCAACCAAGAGGCUUGUUUCCUUCCAAUUCCUCUACGAUCUUUAACUUUACCCACGGGAAGAUAAACUCAAAUAAGCUAUUUUCCUGCAUUUAAUGUUAUCCACUAACUCACGAACAGAAUUUGCUCUGUUAAGGACUGCAUAGUUUAUUUGCACGGUAUCUUGAGAAUGCGUCUAUAUAACCGCAUUUCAAAAGUCUCUCAUGGUGGGUCCACACGAUACAGUCGGUGCGAUCCAAAAGUCGGAGUAUACAUGUAAGUCUGUGUAUUUAUCGUAUCUAAGAAAUUUAAAUUGUAUUUUCGAACGAAAAGUCUGUACAGACAUGUUUGGGUAUAAUUUUUUACUCCGACUUCAUAGACUGUGCAGAUAUCUGUACGAACAAAAGUCUGCAUCGUGUGGACCCACCAUAAGCGGUAGAUAUUUUUAAAGUCUAUGCUUCGACACCAUAUAAAAGAACUGAUCAUAUGUAACAUUUGAUCAUCCGUUUCCGGAUGUUGUACGAGCUACCUCAAGUGUACAUUUUAUUUCCUUAUCUGGAUCCGGUUGUUCAGGAAUGUAGCAACCAAGAUAUUUGAAACUAGACGCUCUUUGAAUCGUUUGUCCGCUUACCUGUAGCUGUGACGACAAGCGACUAAAUAGAAAUUCCCACAGAGCUGAGUUGUACUGGAUACUUUUGGUGCACAUUAGUAAUAAAUCCCCAUCGAUCCCAUAUGUGCUAAUGAUGUACUCAUGAUCAAGAUUUUUUCAAUAUUUUUGUAGUAAACAGUGAGUGUCAUGGAAAGAAUUGUGGAUCUAUCUAUCGUUUUUGAUUUAAGAAUCAACAUUUUUGAAAUAUCGCAAUUCUAAUGUUGAAAACUUUUCAUUAGAUAUAUAUAUCAAACGCACAUAUUUCACACUAUGAGGUCGUGUACUUGAUGACUCGAUUUUUUUAUCGUGGUUUCUCUAGUAGGCAUGAAAGAAUUGUAGAAUAUUCACUACAUUUCAAUUAUUAAUAUUUAGUAACGAUAUUCGAACAUCUUUUCCAAACAUCCUUCGGUUCAUCUGUUUUUUAGAAAUUUAAACACUUCUUUCAUUCCCGAUGUAUCUGGAAUACGGGAAGAGUACGAUUUCAGUGGCGGGGAUUUGGCUCAAUCAGGCCAAAAUAAAUCGAUAAUGAGGAAUAGAAUUUUUUGAUAUGUCACUUCGUUUUCGAGAUAUCGAUACUUAAAGUUAUAAUCAAACGUUAGUUCAAAAUUCGCUUUAUUGAACAGAUAGCGCUCAAUACUUCGUUUCAAAUGAAUAUUUUAUCACUUCUAAUUCAAUAUGAAUCUUGUAAUUCAAUAAACAAAAGAUUCAAUUUAUAUAUUAUUUAUAUGGUAAUGAAAUAAAACUAAAAUAAUCCUUACGCGAAGAAAUUUUCUUAGACAAUUUUGGCUGUAACAAAUUCACGAUUUUUGAACUUUUUACACUCAACGUGCACCACGAGAAAGUUAGGUUAGGUUGAUAUAUACAAAUAUAUUUUAUUCUUCAUUUCCGAUUUAUUUUGAGUCGAUUCACAAAAUGGUAUAGCAAAUCCAGACGCCACGGAAAUCGUACUCGUGCCUGGAAUACGGUCAAUUUCACCCUUUGAGAUGAGUUUCAGGAAAAGUUUGUAAUAAUUUAGCGUUCUCGUAGUCAAAAUCUCUGCUUCAACUUAUGCACGAACUCGAAUUUCUUUCAAAAUUAUUUCUUAAGAUGGAAGAGUAGUAGUUUCUGCAAACUUUCAGUGUCCUUAUUCUCCUCAUUUGCUUCAUGGCGGCAUAAUACAAAUAUUAACUUCCAUCCAGCUAUAAUACGAGGUGGAGUGAUUUGGUAUAAACCGUCUUCUUAAUUCCUUUCAUUCCUUUAAAUACUUGAGUCGAUUAAACUUUUCACUCCACCAAUUUUUGUAACAGUUCCACCUUCAGUCAAAACUGAGACAUUUUUACACUCUAAAAAAAACACACAAACACAAGACAUAACAGUGCUACCAUACCAACAAUGGAGGAAACAGAUUCAAGGUCAUGCAAGUAGAAUAAGUCAGCAACUUUUAAUGCUGGGGCCACACUAACGGCUAACGUCAAUGCCUAUUAUUGGCGAUAAACGGCGUUAAUUUUACUUGAAUUCAAGCAAGAUGGACUUUAACAGAGCUCUGUAUUUCAUGACAAUACGUAGUGUGGCCGCUUCAUGGUAUUAAUCUCUUUGAUGUACCAAACGGCAAUGCUAAUGCCGUUGUUAAAUUAUCGUGGCUACAAAUAAGGUUAACGUCCAUUAUCGCGAUAAUUAACGGCAUUUCUCGUUAGUGUGGUUCUGGGUUAAAAAGUACAAAUAAUUCGGGAAUAAUCUAUAUAUACAGCAUUUGUUUCGGAGAAAUAGAUCUACCUCUAUGAUGCCCCUCGGAUAAAUUGGAGGUGGUCGAUUUCGAGAUGAAUUACAUUGUACUUACCAAACUAACGAAUUCCUCUAACUCUGAGCAUACUGUAAACGCGAUGUAGCAUAUGCAAGUGAUUACUUGUGAUAACGUUAACUGACUUUUGGCGUAACCCCCGUAUAAUGUAAUUUUUACCACUUUUGGAAUCGCGAUAUCUCAGAAACGGUAGUUCCUAACCAAAAAAGGAUAAUGACAGUUUUUGUAGAUAAUUUUGUGAUCUACAAUUUUCACUUGAAACUUUUUUUUCUAUAAAACAUACUAUUUACCAUAAAAACAGAAAAAAAUUGACUUAGUAUUGAUGGGGACUCCUGGUAACGUAUUUGUAAUGGGAAUCCCACGGUUCUCACAAAAUUCACGUUUUUGGUAUCGUAGAUAAAAGCAUAGGUAGCAUGGUUAUUUGUACCUACAUUACAUUUUUUCCUGAAAACCAGUCAUUGAAAUCUCUUGAAUUUGGCCGUUUGGAAUAUUCUUCAUACUCAAAAGUUUGAAACAGCAUUUAGAGUUUGAAUGUAACUUAAUUGAUUUUUUGUUGUAUCUAUAGGUAAUGUACAAAACCAAAUAUUUACCACCAUUAUUUUUUUUGUGAACAAUCAAAAAUUAUUUUUUGUUAACUUGUGUAAUUUACAUGAUGGGGAAAUAUUAACAAACUCCUAUAUCUAUGAAAAAAAGUUUUAUUUUGACAUUAUAGGAGUAUAAUAAAAGUAAACAAAUAUAAUAA